CCAAUGUUGGGUGCCAGUGUCCGCCGGUUCGCCACCUCGGCCAUCCGCAGGUCCCACUACGAGGAUGGGCCGGGAAAGAAUAUUCCGUUUUCUGUAGAAAACAAAUGGCGGCUACUAGGAUUAAUGGCAGUGUUCUUCAGAAGUGGAUUUACCUUGCCUUUUAUUGUAGUAAGGCACCAGCUGCUCAAGAAAUAGAGGACAACCUUUAAUUCUGUAACAAGGUAACCAAUUCUAGCUAUUCCUUUAACCUCUGUUAAAGGAGAUGAACAAGCUGAGCUACUUAUAAAGCCUAAAAAUUAAACUUUUACCUGUAUUGUCUCACUUUUAGAUAUUCUAGUUGCGUGUAUAAUUCAGUGUAGAGAAUAUUCUGUGCAGAGAAU